AGAGAGAGAGAGAGACACUGAGGCGACCAGGUCGGACCUGAAGAAGCUGCCCGCCCUGCCCACCCAGGCCCUGAAGGAGCACCCCUCCCUGGCCUACUGUGAGGACAGAGUUAUAGAGCACUACAAAAAGCUCAACGGUCAGUCCAGAGGCCAAGCCAUUGUAAAUUAUAUGAGCAUCGUUGAGUCUCUGCCAACAUAUGGAGUUCAUUACUAUGCUGUAAAGGACAAGCAGGGGAUCCCGUGGUGGCUGGGCUUGAGUUAUAAAGGCAUCUUCCAGUACGACCACCAGGACAAAGUCAAACCCAGAAAGGUGUUCCAAUGGCGCCAACUCGAAAACCUCUACUUCAGAGAGAAGAAGUUCUCGGUGGAAGUUCAUGACCCCAGAAGCAGGGCGUCGGUGACGAGGAGGACGUUCGGACACAGCGGCAUCGCGGUCCACACCUGGUACGCCUGUCCAGGCCUCAUCAAGUCCAUCUGGGCCAUGGCCAUCAGCCAGCACCAGUUCUACCUGGACCGCAAGCAGAGCAAGUCUAAGAUCCACGCGGCCCGCAGCCUGAGUGAGAUCGCCAUCGACCUGACAGAGACUGGGACUCUGAAGACCUCCAAGCUGGCCAACAUGGGCAGCAAGGGCAAGAUCAUCUGUGGAAGCAGCGGCAGCCUGCUCUCCUCAGGCUCCCAGGAGUCCGACAGCUCCCAGACGGCCAAGAAGGACAUGCUGGCCGCUCUGAGGGCCCGGCAGGACGCCCUGGAGGAAACCCUCAAGCUGCGGCUGGAGGAGCUCAAGAACAUCUGCAUCAGAGAGGCGGAGCUGACGGGAAAGCUCCCCAAGGAGUACCCCCUGGACCCCGGGGAGGAGCCCCCCACAGUGAGGAGGAAGAUCGGCACCGCCUUCAAACUGGACGAGCAGAAGAUCCCUCCCAAGGGAGAGGAGGAGGAGCUGGAGCGCCUGGAGCGGGAGUUCUCCAUCCAGUCCCAGAUCACGGAGGCGGCACGGCGGCUGGCCAGCGACCCGCACGUCAGCAGCAAGAAGCUGAAGAAGCAGAGGAAGACCUCGUACCUCAACGCGCUGAAGAAGCUCCAGGAGAUCGAGAACUCCAUCAACGAGCACCGCGUGCGCUCCGGGAAGAAGCCCACGCAGAGGGCCUCGCUCAUCAUCGAGGAGGCCAACAUUGGUUCUGAGGACAGCUCCCUGUCCGACGCCCUGGUCCUAGACGAUGACGACUCCCAGGUGACGGGGACCCCCACCUUCUCCCCGGUGGCGUCCCCCCACAAGGGCCUCCCGCCCCGGCCGCCGUCCCACAACCGGCCCCCGCCGCCCCAGUCCCUGGACGGCCUGCGCCACCUCCACUACACGCGCAUGGACUACGACAAGUCCCCCAUCAAGCCCAAGAUGUGGAGCGAGUCGUCGCUGGACGAGCCCUACGAGAAGGUCAAGAAGCGCUCGUCCCACGGCAGCCACAGGCGCUUCCCCAGCCCGGGGGGCACAGAGCCAGGGGGCAGCGACUCCCUCCAGAGUAGCCCCGUCAGAAGCCUCCCCGGCUGGAGCUCCCAGUCCAGCAUGCCCUCCACCCCCGACCUGAGAACCCGAGCACCCCGCUACGUACACACCACCAGGUCUGUGGACAUCAGCCCCACCCGUCUGCACAGCCUGGCCCAGCACUUUAGGAACCGCAGCUCCAGCCUGGAGUCCCAGGGCAAGCUGCUGGCCUCGGACCCCGGGGCCUCCCACCCCCGGCCCCCGGGGGGCGCUGUGACGGGCAGCCCCGACUUCUUCCUGGGCCCCGGCCGCUCCAACGGCUCGGACCCCCUGGACGACUGCUCGUCCUGCACCAGCCACAGCAGCUCCGAACACUACUACCCCGGGGGGGGCGGGCCCCUGGCCCCCGGGGGCAACCCCAACUACUCCACGCUGGGGGAGGACUCCCCCUCCAAGGCGCGGCAGCGGCAGAGGCAGCGCCACAGGUCCGCGGGCCACCUGGGCUCCUCCAACUCCGGCUCCAUGCCCAACCUGGCGGCCAAGAACGGCUGCGGCAGCGGCGGCGGCGGCGCGGGCGGCGGCGGCGGCGGCUCGGCCGGCGGCCACCACGGGGUCUACAUGCACAGCCAGUCGCAGCCCUCCUCCCAGUACCGCAUCAAGGAGUACCCGCUGUACGUGGAGGGCAGCCCCAACCCCGUGGUGGUGCGCAGCCUGGAGAGCGACCAGGAGGGCCACUACAGCGUCAAGGCCCAGUUCAAGACCUCCAGCUCCUACACGGCGGGGGGGCUGUACAAGGAGACGUGGGGGGCGGGCGACGACGGCGCCGCCGAGGGCGGCGGUGGCGGUCGACUCACGCCGUCCCGCUCGCAGAUCGUACGGACUCCCUCGCUGGGGCGGGACGGGGCGGGCGGAGGGGGGACGGCAGGGGCGGGGGGCCGGGUGGCGGUGUCGGACGAGCUGCGCUGCUGGUACCAGCGGUCGUCGGGGAGCCUGAAGGAGAAGGGCCACUCGCACUCGGGGUCCAACGCGUCGGAGACGGGCUCGCAGCAAGGCACCCUGGGACACGGCCGCGGGAGCCGCGUGGGGACGCUGUCCAGGUGCUCGCCAGCUGCCUCCCCACACAGUCAGAGGAGUAUGACUCCCUCCAGCGAACUGGCGGCCACGCCCACUCCCCCUUGUAGCCCACAACACAUUCUCAACUGGCAGAGCGGGUCCUUCGGCGACCGCUGUUUCCCCGGCAGCCCGCUGGGCCCGGAGCUGGCCGAGCCGCAGCCGUGGUACGGAACGGAGCAGGCCAAACCCGGGACCCUGGUCUGAGCCCCUCUGCUGCCCUCGUCCACCUCGGCUACUGCCCCCCCCCCCCCCCCCCCCCCAUCACCGCCCCCCCACCCCCCACUGUCCAUCACUGCUCCCAUCGGCACCACCCGCUGGAUGACCACGUCUUUAGAACGCCCCCCUAUCUCUCUCUCUCUCUCUCUCUCUCUCUCUCUCUCUCUCUCUCUCUCUCUCUCUCUCUCUCUCUC